UUGGAGUUGAGUGUACUGUAUCCUAAAGUAUAGGCUCUUGGGGGGAAAUGCAAAACACAAACACUAAUAAUUUGACAUUAUAAUUUCCGUGGCAUUUACCAUUUCAGUUUGGCAUAAGCUGGAAACACAUAAUGAGUCAGAAACUACCACAGGGCCCAGGCCCCAAAGGGGAUGUCUCAUACCUAAGGGCCACUCCUGGACCCCAGUUCCCAGUAGCCCCCUCCCCCCUGCCAGCCAUGGAUGGUAACCAUGGUAACCACAUGAUGAAUGCUCAUCCCCAACAACACAGCGUUAACAGCGACCUUGAGGACAAGCUCGAACUUCAGCAGCGGGAAUUGGACGAAAUCCGGGCACGGGCAUCACAAAUGGAGAAAACAAUGCGCUGGUGGUCGGACUGUACUUCAAACUGGAGAGAAAAGUGGAGUAAAGUGAGAAAUGAAAGGAACAAGGCUCGAGAGGAGAAUAGACAGCUCAGAGGGAAGCUUGACUUGCUGAUUAAGGAAAACAACUCACUAAAAAGAGAGAAAGAAGAACUGGUUAACAGCAAUAAAACAAACACUGACAAAAAUGUUGAAAAGAAAUUAGAUUUAACCUCUAAUUCUGCAUCUAAUUCUGCGGUUGUUGGUCAUGGUAUUGUUCAUGAAGGAACUACCGAAAACGCAGUGGUAAAUUUAUCUGAUGAGAGUGUGCAAUCUAAAGUGAAAACAACACCAGUAAAAAGUCCAUUGAAAGAUUCUGGUUCUCAAACACCAGAUGAGUUUGAGCGAAAAGUCAAGGAAAGUGGACCUGGUAUGAAGGAAGAUAAGCUGACACUAAUGGAACUGAGGCUGAAUGAAUCUCAAAAGACAAUCUCAGGAGAAAGGGAAGAGAAGACCCAGCUAGUGAGAUCCCUGGAGGACGUCAGACAUGAGCUAGCGAGUCUGCGAGUAAGAUAUGAGGAGCUCAAACAGUCCAAACAGGAACUGGAAAUACAGCUGGAGAGGGUUAAGGAGCAACACCAGGAUGACCUUGGAAGGUUGACCUCUGACCUUCAGGAUGAGCAGACGUCAAGGUCAAGCAUGGACAGGAGACUCAGUGAACUGAGAGUGGAGCUUGAGAAGCUGCAGCGGGAGAAUGCAGACGAAUGGGGUCGGCGGGAGCGUCUAGAGACGGAUAAGUUAUCAUUGGAGCGCGACAACAAGAAGCUGAGAUCGCAGGUGAGCGACCUAGAGGAGCAGGUGGAGAGGAAGAGCAACCACGCCUCCACGGUGGUCAACAAAGACCUCAAGACACUGCAGGCCGAGGUCUCAGAGAGGAAUAAGGAGCUAGCAGACCUGAAGCAUGCGCACUCGAAGCUGAAGAAGUCGUACCAGACCGGUGUGACAGACCUGGACCACAGCAAGCGUCGCUGUGAGCAGUUUGAGGCCGAGGUCAAGAAGCUGAGGUCUCGUGUAGAGGAGCUCAAACAUGACCUGGCGGUCGCUGAGGAUGAGGUGGACACGCAGUCUAACAGCGUGCGUAAGGUACAGCGGACCAACGAUGAGCUCCAGGAGCAGGUGGAUAACCUCAACGUGCAGGUGGAACAUCUGCAGAGCAGAUUGCGGCGGGCGUCUGUGUCUGGGACAACUGUCCAGCCCUCCAGCCUGCGCACAUUCAGCCCAGACCUUCACGCACUUGAGUUGGAUGAUGAUACAGACGAUGACUUCAGUGAGGGAACGUGAUCCACUACCGUGAGACAGAAGUGAAAACUGCCACAACUUCAUUAGAAAUUGGUGUCCAUCUGAAUCAUGUGCAGAGUUUGUUUGUCUUUAACCCUUAACAGAUCAUAUACGCUCUUUAAUGUAUUGGUAGUCCCUAAAAAAAUUAAAUAAAAUUUAAGACCAUUAUUUUUAGACUUAAGUGUUAAAGGCUUCAUUUCCAAUCCAAAGAUUCUGAAGAGGAGCAAACAGCAUAAAACCUGAACAGCAAGCAAGUUACUAGACAACCCUAUUAAAGAAGAAAAAUGGUACAGGUAUGUAACUGUUUUAUACAGUUUUUAUACGCCGAUUUUUAAAAACAGGACGUAUUAUAGUUUCACUCUUGGCGAGCGGCGUCCACAGCAGUGUCCGCUCUUUAAUUUAAAUAAUUUUCAUCCGAUCUUUAGUGCAUUUCAAGCAUUUAGCAUGGUGUCCAAAACCUUCGAACGGGCGAAUCUUGUGACAGUUUGGCACUCUUGUUGUAAUAAUCGCAGAUUUAAAUGUCGAGUUAGAAACGUAUGAAAUAUUUUGACUUUUUGUGUUUUUUUAACUGAAUGAUGACAGAUUUAAUUUUUGAUGAGCAUGGUUUAAUUCUAUGUUUCCAAUUAUGUUGUUUAUGUGACCAUAAACAACUGAACCAGACAUAAACCAGACAUUAUUUCUUAAAAUUUGUUGAUUGUCACAUUUAAACAUUAAAAAUAUGCCUCUUGUAAGAAACAUUUUAAAGAUUUUGUCUAGAACUGUUGACCUUACUGGUAAGUUUUAGUUUUUUCUAAGCUUUCAUGAGUGAUUCAAUAUUAGACAAAAAUCUGGGAAUUCUUUCUUGUUACUCAUGAGCUUACCUGUGCAGACCAUGCUUGUUGACUUUCUGUGAUUGAAUUUUUAUUGCCAUUCAUUUGUAUGUGUCAGGCGUUGUCAACAUUGACUUUGUUAACUAUCUAGAGGCCAGAAUUAUAGUCCAAUUUUGAUAAAACUCUGUUCGAACAUUUGUCACAACGAUAUCUCAGCCGAGUUUUGAAUAUGUUUAUGGUUAGUUAAAAAACAAAGCUGUCAUUAAUUUUAUUGGAUUUAAAUAAAUAAUGAUUAUUGUUUUUGAAUAAAUGGAUGUUGAUCAAUAAGUAUUAUUAUAAAAUGUUUUAUUAAUGACCUUGUUACCUCUGCAUAAUGUGUAAUAAACCAUCUGUUCAAAUACCUCAUUUUCCAUGUUUUCAAGUUAAAAAUAUAUUCGAAAUGCUGGUUGUUUAGAUCUUUUUUUUGGGUGGAGGGCAGGAUUAAAGUUAAACAAAGUAAUAGACAAACAUAGGAUGAUGGGAUAAAUUUGUAUUCAUUAUUUUAUUUAUACAUAACUUAUUCAAUGAAUUUUAUAAAUUUGUAUUAAUUAUAUAAUCUUUUGACCUGUAUCUAAUGUAUGCCAUACUCAAUAUUUUAUUUUUGUUAACCAUAAGACAUGAACAGUGGCAUAAAUUCUGAGUGUCUUCUCAUUAGGGUAACAUCUCAUACUUCUUUGGGUUUAUUAGACAAUCUUUUUAUGUUUUAUUGGUUAUACUGUCAUCAUGAAGCAUGAACACAUAAUCAAUUAAAUUAUUUCAUUAAAUUGUUACUAAUCAUUUUGAUCUUGUUAAUGUUCUUGUACAUAUUGUAACACAUUAUGUAAUCAGGUUUGUUCAAUUUAUGUACACAUUACAGUGCUAUUCUGACAUGCAAGUUUAUAGAAAUGCUAUUCUUUGUUAUCAUUUUCAUAACAUUCUUCCCCAUAUUUGUACAUAUUUUUCACAUACAUACACAUAUAUAAUGCUAAAGUUACUGUCUGCCACAUAAUCAUUAUACAUGUUUAUUUGUUUUCUCGUAAAUUGAAUUUGAGAUUGUGAUUUUGUAUUAUUUGCAAUAUUUUCUACUGUGUGCAAAUCACUCAUUCACUGCAAAAAUGCUUGCUUGUACUCCUCAGAACGUUUGAAAGCAUGUACAUACAAGUGGAAUAUAUGGCCAAAACUUACCAUUCAAUUAAGGCAGCAAUGAUAAUUUUGUACAAUAUACUAAAUAGACUGUACAUUUAUGAGAUUCCUGCACCCCUUUGUAGUAUGCACAGGCUAACUAAAUAGACUGUACAUUUAUGAGAUUCCUGCACCCCUUUGUAGUAUGCACAGGCUAAUCUGGAACAACACUUAAAGCCUACAUUAAGCCUAGUUUACACUUAAAGCCUACAUUAAGCCUAGGUUUCCCAAAACAUGGCUCAACUUAUGGGUGGGGAAUUAUUUUAGUAGCUCAAGGCAUUUUCAAUCAAAUUGUGUCAGUUGAUCAAAAACACUGUUUAAUAAUCUAGGUAUAUACAUACAUCAUCUAGUACAUAUAACAAUUUUACAUUCUGUACUGUAUAAAUUAAAUGUAUAUUAUAUUGCAAGAAGACUUUCCUUAAAAUAUGAAAUAUUUUUUUGCCAGCUGAGUAAAGAAUAAAAUGUUAUUGAAAUCGUUUUCACAUAUUCACAGAUCAUUUUUUUAGAUGAAUCAUCAUGUAAUUUUGCACAUUAGUAAUGUAGUAAUCCAUUUUGAUUUUCCAUGUUGUGAAAUUCACUAAGACGGGUUCCGGCUAAAAUCAUGAAAUAUUUUAAAUAUGUCAUUGCUUGAUGCUUUUGUUUUUGCCUCAGUAAUAAUAUCAAGAAAAUCAGGAAUGUACCAUUUUUUGUCAAGACAUUAUCUUUACUUAAAGUUGUUAAGAAAUAAUUUAUUUUACAAUAUUUUCUCUCAAACUUUUUAUGUCACUUAAAAUUUAAAUGCAGGUUUAUUUCACGUUUUUUGUAAUUUGAUGUUGUGGUUUUAUCUUUAUAUGCUUAUUUAUAUAUUUCUGUUUUGCUAAAAUUAUAAAUACAUGUAUGUAUUUCUUCAUAAUAUUAAAAAAAACAAAAAACAACAAACACAAUAAACAGGAACAACAUUAUUUGUUGAAGUUAUAUUUUAAAUUGUUUUAUAUCAAGAAGUUAUUGCAAUAACAAGGCAAACAAUUUCUUUAGCCCUCUUACAGACAGCUGGAUGUAGGUGUCUUAAUGGUCGAGUGUUUGUGCCCGAGUGUGUUGUUCUGAGUUUGUUCCAACUGUAACUGCCAAUCAUCUUUCACUUUGAAACUAACUGACCACAUAUAACCACCAUGAAGACUUAUUAUAGAGGAGACAGCGUGUUGCGUGUAAGAGGUCAAGUUCAUACAGAAGUCGCGGUCAUACAGAGGUCAAGGUUAUAAAGAGGUCGUUUUAUGUUUGACGUUUAACUGCAUGUCCUAUCUGUAACUUCAGCAUUCAUCAUGCAAUUCUGAAAUAAUUUUUUACUAUUCUUCACAUUGUGGAGACAGCUUGUCAGUAAUAUAAGUUUCUAUACAUAUACAUGUCACACUUGAAGGCCAAAGGAUAAUAUUGGCCAUAAAUCAUUUUGUACAGACUUUAACUUUCAUUCAUUCAUUCAUCAUUCAUCGUUUUAUUAUAAAAACAUUAACCACAAAUUGUUUACCAUUUUUCUUCCUAGCUUCAAAGUCAAGAAUACACUGGUAAGUCAAAAGUAAAGUUUAAGGUUUACUCGGCUUGUUCAGACACCAACAUCGUCAGUCAUGAUUUUAAAGUUACUUACGACAAAUAUUCACCAUGAUGUGCAGAUGGCUUGUCACCUGUACAACCUCUCCCUAGCUCAAAGACAAAGGUCAAGCUUAGAGGUAAAAUGUACAAUAUUUGCUUCAUAAUUUUUUUUUCCUGGACUGUAAUUUCAUUAUGAGUUUAAAAAGAAAUAACCACAAAUGUGGAACUGACAACUCCCUUUGGGGACUACUUACGGCUAAAAGCCAUACCUGUUUAUGAUGCAGCUAUGAUUAUAACAGGCAUUAUCGAAUAUAGACUCAACAUGUUGCUAAUGGGCAUCUAAAUAGUAUAUCUUUAAAACAGGACAUACAUUUCUUUAGAAGAUAUGUUAAGUCUGAGAUUAGAAAAAAAACUGAAUUACAUUUUCAUCAGAAACAAUAUAUCUUCAAGUGCCCUUGCCACAUGCACACUGUUUACAAUUGAUAGAUUUGCAAUGUGUCUAGAUUUUCCAUUGUUAUUGAAAUACAGUUUUGUCAUUAUUUAUCUAUAAAAUUAAGACCAAUAUUGGACGAUGCUUUAAAAUAUCAGAAUAUAGAUAUAUUAACUGACAUUGUUAGAUAAGAUUCUUCACAUGUUUAUUUGUCAUUUAAAAUGACAGCAAUACAAAUAUCAAUGUUUAAUGUACCUGUGUACCGACAUACACUGAACUCGUUAUCAACUUAUCCAAAGCGUAUAAAUAGAAGUAUAGUUUAAAUAGUAUCUUUCAUAAUUCAUUAGAUGAUGCAAUUAGUUUGCUAUACUAUUUCAGCCAUAUUUGUUCACACGAUGGUAACAUACAGAUAUAAAACUUUACCUAAAUCAUGUCAAAAAGCAAUGUGUAUAUAAUGUUGUUCAAUAA